AUGAUACGCUGUCCAUACAUUCAUGAGAUGCAUGAACGUUUGCUAGGACCAACGCCGAGACGACCGCUGCCAAUAUCAUUUCCACCGCUCGCCAAACCGGAAGUCAUGGAUCGCGAAAGUGACUGUCUGCUGGACAGCCGUCCCGAGAGCCGCCAGAUCGUCGGUACGGUGGUGAAGCUCAACCCGGACGGGUUCGGGGCUCACACCACCUCGACACACCACCACCAUCAUCAUCACGCGCAGCAGCAGCAGCCGCACCACCGAACGCCGCUAGUGCCUUGCAAUGGGACGGACGACGACGACGAACGUACCGGGGGACAUCAUCCGAUGCGGGAUGGGGCGGGUACGAUUACCAGCACCAUCAGCGACUCGGACGAUGACGGUAUUCAUCUGCGGACGCACCUGCGCAAGAUCAUCGAGGGACGCAAACCGAAAAAUGCCAAAACCUCACUCUUCAUAGUGACCAGUCUAGUCUACGCCAUGCUGCUAAUCGUUGUGUGCGUCGCGUACGUUAUCAGCGACGUCACCACGCACCGUCUGCCUGUGAUCUACUACGAGGGCUUCUUCACCUAUCUGUACGGUGCGAGCAUACUGUUCCUGCUGUAUGUGUUCUGCUUCCUGCUGCAAGAGAGCUCCUGCUGCAACGGAAAACCGAAACCACCGAAGGAGAAGAAACCGAAGAAGGAAAAGAAAUCGAAAAAGAAUGCCGAUGUGGAGGCGGGCAAGGAGGGUAAGGAUGGAAAGGAACCGGCCGCUGCCAAGGAUGGUGCGGGCAAGUCAGCAAAGGAGGAGUCGAAAGGCAAAGGGUCGUCCACUAAAGCUAGUUCCUAUCAGUACUCGAAAAAACAGGAGGUAUACCCGAAAAAAAAGCGUGACCAGCUGCGCGAGUCACAGCGUCGCCGUGAGUCGGCAACCGCAUCCCCAGUGGUGGCAGCAGUAACACCAGCCGUAACUACGCCAUCAGUAACACCCGGGACGCCAGCCUCACCGUGUGGCAGUAUGUCGUCUACACCGGCCAAACGGAGGGAUAUCCGGCCGGAGCAGGUCCGGUGUCGUGCGGAACCAUGCUGGGUGCAGGAGCCGUCACCGAACCCGGAAGCCGCUAUGUCACCUCGGUUCAAGCGCAAAACUACUCAGGAUCCUGCCCACGGCAGUUUCUUCUUGCGUGUUGGAGCAAUCGCGUUCGGUCUCGGUACGAUGAUCUACACCGGGUUGGAGUUUGGAUCCUUCUUCGAGAUACCAUUCACCUCGCCCUGCCAUCAGAUACUGCGUGGCGUCAACCCACUGCUCCAGAUGAUCUUCACUUUCAUGCAGAUGUACUUUAUCUUUAUGAACGCACGGCUCAACAUUCAUCGCUUCAAGGUGCUGGCACGGUUUGGACUGAUGCAUAUAGUGGCGACAAACAUUUGCGUGUGGAUUCGUACAUUGGUGCUGGAAUCGCUGAAGGAGAUCACCGCCUACCAUCAACGGCGUGGUCCGGAACCGGAAGACUCGGUCAUUCUCGAGAACAUCCGCCAGCAUACGCUGCGUAACGCGGGCAUGGUGAUGGGUACGGAUCUGGGCCCUAGCGGCGAUACGGAGUGGGAACCGAUUAGCGUGAAUCUGAACGCUCAGGAAGAUCUGCUGUCCCAGGACGCGUCCAGUGUGCUGUCGAAGAUAGUCCAGGGUACGGCGCACACCAUCACGGAAGCGGCCACCACGCUGGUAACCGCAGCGACGUCCACCUCGACAGCUGCCCCGACUACUACGACGAUGUCCUCGACCAGUACCUCCACGACGACCGCAUCCACGUCCACAACCACGUCCACCACGUCGACCACACCGGCCUGGAUUGAGCCGAACAAUGGUCUGGCCACGAGCACGAGCACCACCGCCCGGGGACUUUUGGAGCGUCUGCGGGACGUAGUGGCGACGGAGACGACUACCACGUACGAAACACCUUCGGAUCAGUUCGGUAGCGGCCACACGCUAUCCACGGCGAACGCGGCGAACGCAACAUCAGCAACGCCCUCGGCAGGAUCUUCGUUCCUGGACUCGUUCAUGGACCAUGUGAACUAUCUCCAGCGCAACAGCAGCCUCGACCAGACGUACGAAAGCUUGGACUCACUGUUUCCCUCCGCGUUUAUCGCUACCUCCACUGCCGUUUCGUCCAACGCCACCGCCGUUAGCUGCGGUCGGGUCAACAUCAUGGGUACGAUCGUGCAGGACUCGGCCCCGUACCUGUACCCGUUCAUCAUUGAGUACUCGCUGAUCGGUGCCGCCGUCAUCUACGUGAUGUGGAAGCAUAUUGGACGCUACCCUAAGUUCACAAACGAGGAGGAUUUGGAACACCGUCUGGAGGUGAUGUUGUCUCGCCGUGCUGUCGUUAUGGCGCAACAGGCUCGUACCGGUCGCGUUGAUUGCGUCGGUGCAUCCAAGGGUCUGUUCUUUGGAUUGCUUCUGCUCGUUGGUUCGCUGAUCUGUCUCAUCCUGUUCUUCGUGCUCGUCAGACACCCGCAACUGUCCCUGUUGGCCAUCUACCUAGCGGACGUCUCGCACUGUGCCCUAAUGGUACUGGCCAUCUUCGCUAUCAUAAUUGGCUUCAUCCGCGUGCAAAACUUGAAGUUCCGCUGCGAGGAGCAGAGCAACCUGAACGACAUACUGCUACGCAUCUCCGCAUUCGGACUGUUCGUGUACUCGACGUUCAGCGUGAUUGCCGGUUCGCUCAAUGCGUUCGAAAGUGAGCCGAACCUGCUCGUUAUGGUGACGGGCAUCGUCGCGGUGGUACAGGUCGUCAUACAGCUGCUGUUCAUCGCGGACGUAUCGCGCCGGCGCGUCCACCUGCCGGAGCACGAUCGCAUCAAACCGGGCCGCCAGAUUGUGACGUUCUUGCUGAUCUGCAACAUCUCCAUGUUCGCCAUCUACACGUUCGAGGCGCAGAAAGUGUUUGCCAACCCGGUGCAACUGGACUUUUACGGCUUCAUUGCUUGGUCGCUGAUUCAGCGUGUCACCUUGCCGUUGUGUAUCUUCCACCGCUUCCACAGCGCUGUCACGCUAGCGGAGGUCUGGAAGACCACUUACAAGGCGCGUCUCGAGUAA